CUGAGGUGAAGUCACUGGCUUACUACGAAAAAACCUAAGUAGGGAUAGGGAACGUUAUUUAAUUUUGAAAUUGAAACGGGUUACAUCCGAUCCGAAUCCGUCCGCGGAUCAAUCAGUAUUUACAUUCACAGUGAGCUAGUCGGUGUAACAGGAUAGUGCGGCAGUGCAUAAAUUCAUUCAUCGGGAAAUUUAUCGUGUUUUUCACGUUGACUCAUCGUUGACCCCGCACUUUGCAAUUGAAAUGCAGUAGGAUUAAAGACCCGGAAAACUAACCAUGGAUAUGCAAAAGGAGCCCGGCGUUGGAGAUUUUGUCCUCAUGGACAAAAUCGACCUGCCCCAUUUCAUGAAAAACCUGAAAAUAAGGUUCAACGAAGGCUACAUUUACACCUAUAUCGGUGAAGUAUGUGUGUCAGUAAACCCGUACAAAAACAAAAACAUUUACGGCCCUGAAUAUGUAUCAAAGUAUAAAGGGAGGGAAUUGUUCGAAAACCCGCCGCAUAUUUUCGCUAUAGCCGAUGCAUCCCACAGGACCAUGAAACAACAAGGAAAAGACACCUGCAUCGUUAUCAGUGGCGAAUCAGGAUCGGGAAAAACGGAAGCUUCCAAAAUCAUAAUGAAAUAUAUUGCCAGCGUGACGAAUCAAGACGGACAAAACGAAAUCGAGCGAGUGAAAAACGUCUUAAUCCAAUCGAAUUCCAUACUGGAAGCCUUCGGUAACGCGAAAACCAACAGAAACGACAACUCGUCCAGAUUCGGAAAAUACAUGGACAUCAAUUUCGACUUCAAAGGCGACCCGAUCGGCGGCCACAUCAGCAAAUACCUCCUGGAAAAAUCCCGGGUCAUCCACCAACAGCAAGGCGAACGAAACUUCCAUUGCUUCUAUCAGCUUCUAUCCGGCGCCACCGAAGACAUGCUGAGGAAGUUCCACUUGACGCGCGACUCCCAACAAUACUUCUUCGUCAAGCAGGGCAACGCCGCCCGCGUCGACUCCAUCAGCGACAAGAACGACUACAGGACCGUCCAGAGUUCCCUGCUAACGUUGAACUUCACCGCCGCCGAUCAGGACACCAUCUGGCGCAUCAUCGCCGCCAUCCUCCACAUGGGCAACCUCGAGUUCGUCGUCGACGAGGAGAAGCUGUCGAUGAAGAAGUCCAAGUCCAUCGAGUCCGCCGCCAAUCUGCUGCAGGUCAAGAAGAGCGAGCUGGAGAGGGCGCUCUGCGAGAGAGUCAUCGCUGUGAGAGGAGAUAUUAUGAGGAAGGAGCAUACUGUAACUGAAGCGAAUUUCGGUCGAGAUGCCCUUGCGAAGGCGGUUUAUGAUAGACUCUUCUCCUGGAUCGUGGAUAAAAUCAACUCCGCCAUCGACGUGGACAGUAACAAGAUAAGGAAUCGCUUCAAGAACACCGUCAUCGGGGUGCUGGACAUUUACGGUUUCGAGAUAUUCGAAAACAACAGUUUCGAACAGUUCUGCAUAAAUUAUUGCAACGAAAAAUUGCAGCAAUUGUUCAUAGAGUUGGUUUUGAAGCAGGAGCAGGAGGAGUACAAAAGAGAAGGGAUCGCCUGGACGAACAUCGAUUAUUUCAACAAUCAAAUCAUAUGCGAGUUGGUGGAUAAUUCUCGCAACGGUAUUUUAGCGAUAAUGGACGACGCCUGUAAAAUGACGGCGGAAAAAAUAACCGACGAGCAGUUGUUAGAAGCUAUGGAUAAGAACCUCAAAGGUCACAAUCACUAUAUGUCGAGGCAGAUCAAACCGUUGGAAAAAAAUUUGAAACUCAAAGAAGAAUUCCGCAUUACUCAUUAUGCUGGAGAUGUAACCUACAGCGUCAUCGGCUUCCUGGACAAGAACAAAGACACUUUGUUCCAAGAUUUCAAGAGACUGUUCUACAGUUCGAUGGAUACCAACAUCAAAGAAAUGUGGCCAGAAGGCGCCCAAGACAUAACGCAGAUUACCAAGCGACCGCCUACGGCCGGUACGAUAUUCAAAAACUCGAUGCUGGCCUUGGUGCAGAACUUGCAGUGCAAAGAGCCCCACUACGUCCGAUGCAUCAAGCCCAACGACGUUAAAUCGUCGUCGCUGUUCGACGAAGAGAGAGUGAAGCACCAGGUGAGCUACCUGGGACUCGUCGAGAACGUGCGAGUCAGAAGGGCCGGUUUCGCGCACCGACAGAGAUACGAUAAAUUCCUGAAAAGGUACAAGAUGAUAUCGCAAUUUACAUGGCCGAACUUCCGGGCCGGUUCGGACAAAGACGCUUGCAAAGUAAUCAUCGACGAAUAUCAGUUUUUCAACGACGUGCAAUACGGCAAAACGAAGAUUUUCAUUCGUUCGCCGCAAACGUUGUUCGCGCUGGAAAAGGUCAGAAAUCAACUGAUGCCCGGCAUCGUGACGUUGAUCCAAAAGACCUGGAGAGGGUACGUUGCGCGACAACAGUAUAAACGAAUGAAGGCCUUGAUGACAUUGAUUAAGGUUUAUCGUAGGGCAAAGACGAGAGAAUAUAUCGGGGAAUUAGAGCGUAGAUUUAAAAACGCUAAAACGAUGAGAGAUUUAGGUAAGAAUAUUCAAUGGCCGGCGCCGCCUAGAAAUCUCAGGGAAACUGAUAAAAUAUUGAGGAACGCUUAUAGAAGAGCUUCCAUGCUUAUAAACCGAAUACCGAAGGCGGACGUGCCUCAGAUGAAGCUGAAAAUAAUGGCAGCCAGCGCGUUGUUGAACAAACGCUACGAUUUGGGGCUGAAGCGCAGAUGGGAAGGGGACUACCUGGCUUCCCCCGCCGACAAUCCCCAAUACGUUGUAUAUAACGAAGCGGUCAAUAACCUCAAAAACUCCAAGCACUUCAACAACAUACUGUUUUCCGCUUUUAUCACUAAAUUCAACAAAUUCAACAAGGUAGCGGAGAGAGUGAUGCUGAUAACGGAAUGGAGUAUUUUCAAAUUGGACACGAUCAAAUUCAAGAAUAUGAAGGAAUGCGUUCACAUCAAAGAGCUGUCAAGCAUCAGCGUCAGUCCUGGAGCGGAUCAAUUGGUGGUUUUCCACAUUCCCAAUGGAAACGACCUGGUGGUGUCGCUGCAUUCGAAUAACGGCGUGGAUAAGGUCGGAGAGUGCGUCGGCGCCGUUUGUAGUAAAUAUUCCCAGCUAACUCACACGGAGCUUCCAGUCAACGUCAGCAAAACAAUAACGUGCAGUCUCGGCAGCAAAAGGAGAUUGAUCAACAUCAAGGUCUCAUCAGCUGAAGGUUCGCCCACGUUUAAAAAGUACGAGAAUAAUGUGGAUUAUUUGAUACCGCCUAGUUAUUCGAUCGUGGAAAACGGCAACAAAUACAUCAAAAAUUAACUCUGUUCUAGAGGUUGUAAAAUGAGCGAGGCGAGUUGCAUUUCCAGUAUUCAAAUUUGAUAAAUACUGGUAGUUAUUUUGAUGGUAUUUCGAUAAAGAAUAUUCUAUCGGAAAUGUUGUUACUUUGAAAUAUUUAUGCGCUGAAAAUUUUACACACAAACGAUUCAAAUUUGUUUAAAUGUACCGCUUGUGAUUAUUCAUCAAAGUGCCUGUAAAUGCAAUAUUUUUAUAAGUGCCUAUACACGCAAAAUACGAAAAGGUAACAACAAUAUAUUUUAUGGAUACAAUUAAUUUUUAUAUUUCUCUACAAACCUUUAUAAAAUAUACUGCUGGUAAAAUAUGUGGCUACAAAAGAGGAUGUACUUAAAUUUUGUGAUUUUACUUAUAAAGUGAUAAUCAGAACAUCCAUUUUUAUGAAAUAUAAAAUCAAAUGAAUAUGAAAAUAUUAGUAAAGCUUUUAAUCUACUUGUAAUUCACGUUCAGUUCUUUAAGAUAGUGACUAUUAAACAAAUGUUUAAUCGUUUUCUAUGUUUAUGUCACCAUUGGAAGAACGAAAACUUUUAUGAUUUUUCCCAUUUUCUUAUAUGGAGGCAAUUAGAUUAAAAAACUGAACUCUGCCAGUAUUUCAAUUAUGUUUAAGACUGUUUUACUCAUGCUUUUUUAUUACUUAAAAAUAGUCGUACUGAAAGUAAAAAGAUUAUGAAAGUCGAUCCAAAUGUGAUAUGUGAAAGUUAAACUUAAGUUUUUUAUAAACUGCACGUUCCAUCAUAAACUAUUAUUUUUUAUAAAUCGCGGUUAAAAAUGACGUUGUAUAUAACUUAUCCGUACUUAUUGUGUAUUUAUAAAUUCAACGUGGCAUUUUCUAUUUUUCUAAGUUGUAACAAACAACGAAUGCUUUUAUUAUUAGAUAUAUUUUAUAUAUUAUAUUUACAUAUUUUUGAAAAUGUAGAUAAUAUAGUGCCAUUAUUUAUGUUUAUAUUGUACCUGUUUGGACGGUAUUACAAUUAUUAUUCGCAUUAUAGCUAACAUGUGCCUUAUUAAAAAAUAAACUUUAACUUUGUUUUCUUUUUAUCCUAUAAAUUUCUUUACCCCAUGGUACAUUUCAGUUUGCAAUAUGG